AUGGCACCCAAACAGCCCCAAGCAUCGCUGUUCCAAGUUUACCUCCGUCUGCGCCCGCCCAUGACCCUGAAGCACAAUGAGUCCGACCGUUUCUUGAACGUGGAGCCCCCAGAGGCUUCACAAGAAGAAACAGAAAUUGUCACGCCGGCUACCACACACAUUACUUUGCAACCACCAAAUGAUCUGCGAAAGCGCGCCGUCGAAAGGUUCGGGUUCACAAAGGUCUUCGAGGAAACUGCCUCACAAUUGGAUGUCUUCCAUGAUACUGGGAUGGAGCCCAUAAUACGGGGCGUUUUGAAGGAAAACAGAGACGGGCUCGUUGCUACGCUGGGAGUAACGGGUAGCGGAAAGAGUCAUACCAUUCUAGGAUCCAAGAUAGAACGCGGAAUGACCCAAAUGGCACUCGACGUUAUAUUCCGCUCCCUGGAACCGACUAUCAAAAACGAGGAUGGCAGUAUUACCCCCGUGAUGCUUGCCUCGCUGGCCGCGGCGGAUGCUUCUGAAGCUCAAUUGUUCUCCGCCCAGACAUUUUUGGAAGCCGUGUAUGGCGAACCAACCGGACGGACGUCGAGAGCCCAAACUCCCAUGAGCCCAUCUCGUGCCAAUACACCAAUGACGGUACGAAGCCCCCAUACCCUAGAUACUCCCCAAGGAUCGCCGAUUCGGCAACCACGCACCCCUGGAUCAUCUCUCCCCAUACCGAGGUCUCGACCUGGAAGUCCCCGCAAGGUGGACUUACCUACCAGUCCCACUGCUCAUCGAGCUGGCCUUGGCCAGAUCUCGACAGAGUACUCUGAAUGGAUCACCCCCGGAUUUUCCACUCCCAUCCCCUACACCCACUCAAAUUUUGUCGAGUCCCAAUCAGCUAAACCUCGACUUUAUGUAUUGAAGGAACCGGCACCUGCGUUGAAUUUCCCCCGCCGCCACGUACGGGACCGGCCGAGCGCUCUUCCCCGACUCCCUGACAUGGGCCAUCUCACUGUAGACAUGGAUGCAAAUGCCGAUUGCGUCGUCUUAGUGUCUAUGUAUGAGGUAUACAACGACCGAAUUUUUGACCUCCUGUCUCCCGCCAUCGCCUCUGGUCAAGGCACCAUGUCCCGUGGGAACAAUCAAAAGGAGCGACGUCGUCCAUUGCUUUUCAAGCCGACCGAGGGCUCACCAGAUCGCAAAUUGGUUGCCGGGCUACGCAAGAUUGCCUGCAGCAGCUAUGAAGAUGCACUCGCCAUUUUGGACGUCGGCUUGACUGAGCGCAAGGUAACCGGCACCGGAUCAAACAGCGUUAGCUCCCGGAGCCAUGGCUUCUUUUCUUUGGAAGUGAAGAAGCGCACAUACUCGAAACGGACGGGCGAACACAGCUGGACCGGAAACGCUCUCACUGUUGUGGAUCUUGCUGGUUCUGAACGCGCACGAACAGCUAAGACGGCCGGUGCCACCCUUGCUGAGGCUGGCAAGAUCAAUGAAAGUUUGAUGUACCUCGGCCAAUGCCUGCAGAUGCAAAGCAAUAUUCAGGAUGGAAUGAAGACUGCUCUCGUUCCUUACCGGCAAUGCAAAUUGACCGAACUGUUGUUUUCGAAUUCCUUCCCAUCUCCCCAUCAGAUGUCCCGGGGUCAAUAUCCCCAGAAGGCAAUCAUGAUCGUCACCGCCGACCCUCUGGGUGACUUCAACGCAACCUCCCAGAUCUUGCGUUACUCCGCCUUGGCCCGCGAGGUCACAGUUCCUAGAAUACCGUCGAUCUCUGAAUCUAUCUUGUCUGCUAGUAGUCACCGCUCAGUCAGUGGCUGCACAUCACCCAACAUGGAUUUGACUGAAGAGCUCGAGAGAGCCACUGCCGAGAUCAAACGCCUCACACGAGACUGCCAUGGUCUGGCUGUCAAGCUCGCCGAAGAGGAGAUUGCACGCGCUGAUGUCGAAACGAGGCUACGAGCUGCUGAAGAAAGAUGUCUUACGAUUGAACAAGAUGUCCGAGAAGAGUGCUGGGCAGAGAUGGAUGAGAAGACGGAAGAAGAAAGACGUCGCUGGCAGAAGGCUUGGGAUGAGCAGCUUGGUCGCAACGACGAGCACAUCGACAAGAAGGUCGAGCUUGUAUCUCGUGGAUUCCAAAUCUUCGAGGAUUCGGGGUCCAGUGAAAGAAUCGAAGAAUUGGAGCAAGAGAAUGACCAGCUUCGCCGCAAGCUCGCCGCACUUGAGCGUGAGAUGCACUGUCAAUCUCCGACAAGAAAGCAGAGGCCCAAGAACGCUACCCCGACUCAAUCUGAUUUCCUCAAUCGCGAGCGUGUUACUGAGAAUGCGCCGCAACAAAUGGAGCAGUUGAAGCCCAUGUUUGCGCCCAAGAACGCUACGCCGGCCCGAUCUAAUUUACUCAGCCGCGAAAGCGAUAUCGAGAAUGCGCUGCAACGUAUGGAUCAGUUGAAGCUCACAGACACCAUGUUUGCUCCCCCGUCACCUAAAACCUCGCCUGUCAAGAAGACGAGGAAAAUGGGGACUCGGAAAUGGGAUCUUGGACCAGAGGACCAGAUCUAG